GUAUUUUGAGUUUGAAGCCAUUCAGUGAAAUAAAAACGUUUUCACGCAGUUAUCAUAUAUACAGUAGCCAUAUAUACACGGCUUCUUGUCAAAAUAAUUGAUUAAUUUUAUUGACUAACACAACACACACUGUACAUCUCUGUAGGAAGAGCAGCCAGGUUUGAAGAUGUUCUGUUGGAGCUCUUUUGCAGGUGCUGUGCAGACGGACAGAACCGGUCCCAUACUGUAGGUGGUCUUAACGGAGAGGGCUGCAGGGUCUAACUGUAUCCGGUGUCUUGAUGUGCCUGCAGCAGAUGGUGCCAUCAGAGCCAUCAUUAUCAGCCCCAGACCAUGGAGUGUGUCUGGGUUUAAGGACCUGAAGGACCACAUCCACACGAACACAAAGUAAGUUCAAAUCAAAUUGAGUGGAGAAAUGACUAUUACUUCUCUCUGCGAUGGAUCUCUAACUCUUUUACGCUGGUGUUUAUGUGCGCGCGCACGGGCUCGCGCGUGAGAGAGAGAGAGAGAGAGAGUGUCAUUGACUCUCUCCCUCAGCAGCUCCUUCAUUCCUCCACUCUCUCAGCUGCGGAACGACACGGAGCGUUUUGUUUGUUUUAUUUUCCUCCACUUUACGCGUGUCAACCUCGCGCUCUUCGCCUGUUGUUCCGUUUGUAUUUAUAUUUAUAUUUUAAUUUUUGACUUUGCUGUUGACCGGCGUGGACUCUUCCCGCGCCUGUUAUGACGAAGACAGAAGGGGCGACUGGCAAAAGUUGAACCACGCGCGCUGCGUUCUUCCAGGAGCAGGUGUGACAGUGAGAACAACUCCGACCAUUACAGCAUGGCUCUGCCGUCGGACAACGGCACUGAGCUGCAGCUGGUGUCAGCCGACUGUCUGCCGCUGGAGAACCUCAACCUGACCGCCAACGGCAGCUGCAGCAACGGCAGCUCCAUUCUCAACCAGAAACCUCCAACCAGAGUCAAAGAGAUGGACUCUCUGCGCAUCGUGCUCUACGUGCUCAUCUUUCUCCUCAGUGUCUUUGGCAACUUGCUGAUCAUCUUGGUCCUGAUGUUGAACAAGCGCAUGCGGACCGUCACCAACUCCUUCCUGCUGUCGCUGGCUGUCAGCGACCUGAUGAUUGGCAUCUUCUGUAUGCCCUUCACCCUUAUUCCCAACAUCCUGGAGGACUUCAUCUUCGGCGCAUCCAUGUGCAAGAUUGUGACCUAUUUUAUGGGGAUCUCCGUCAGCAUCUCCACCUUCAGUCUUGUGGCCAUUGCCAUUGAAAGGUACAGCGCCAUCUGCAACCCGCUCAAGUCCCGCGUGUGGCAGACGCGUUCGCACGCCUACCGCGUCAUCACUGCCACUUGGGUGCUGUCGCUGCUAAUUAUGAUUCCGUACCCUGUGUUCAGCAAGAUCAGAACCUUUCCAAAGAGCAAUGGCACAGAGGGACGGAUGUGUCGCCUGGACUGGCCCAGUCAGGCCGUGGAGCAGAGCUGGUAUGUGUUGCUGCUCUUCAUCCUCUUCUUCAUCCCGGGGAUUGUGAUGAUGGUAGCCUACGGCCUGAUCUCCAGAGAACUCUAUCGAGGCAUGAAGUUCGAGCUGGGCCAGAACACAGAGAGUGCUGCCCAAAAGAACGGUGUGAGCAAGGCUGCUGCAGCAGCUACCAAUGACGACGACGACGGCUGCUACGUCCAGGUAGUUAAAAAACCCUCCUCUGCUGUUGAGCUCCCGACCCUCUCUGCCUCAUCGGGUGCCCCUCAGGCCAAGACUGAGCGUGCUCGCAGCAACACCAGCGAGGCCAAGCUUCAGGCCAAGAAGCGGGUCGUCCGCAUGCUUUUGGUGAUCGUGGCGCUCUUUUUCAUCUGCUGGAUGCCCCUGUAUUUUGCCAACACCUGGAGAGCCUUUGACCUGAGGUCAGCGGUUAAAGCGCUCUCAGGAGCUCCCAUCUCGUUCAUCCACCUGCUGUCCUACACCUCUGCCUGCGUCAACCCCAUCAUCUACUGCUUCAUGAACAUGCGCUUCCGUAAGGCCCUGAUCGCCACGUUUGCCUGCUGCUGUCGCAAUCGCCUGUGCCGCCAGUUCCCCUGCUGCGGUAGGAACGGAGGAGAGGACGCCGUCACAGCAACAACCAUGGCCACCUCGGUGUCGAAAGUAACCUACGCUACUGUCAGCACCACUGCCACCUAAUAAGCAGGCUGUCAAAAGUUCAUGGUCCAUACUCGAAAAAAGUUCACUGCGUGCACCCUUCUGAUGUUUCAGUGAAGUGUCUUCUUGUCUCCUAUUGUCUUUUACAGUCUUCUUUUAAAGGUUUGUCCAGAGGUUGUGAGUAUGGUCAGGAGGAACUCUCUGUGGUCUUUUAUGUUUUCAUGUAUGAACAUCCACAGUGUUGUAUCCUGAAUGGAUUAUCAAGUGCCUGUGCUCUCUGUGGGUCUCUGAGUUUGGUGGGAUGGUUACUCACAAAGACAUAAUUAUAUUUAAGAGAUAAUAUUCCAACUGGAACUCUAAUCUUUACAACAUUUUAACUAUAGUUUGUGCCAAAGCUUUAUUUCUGAUGAACCACAAGUCUUGAUCUUCAUUUACAAUAUCUCUCGCUCUCUUUCACUCUCUCUCUCUCUCUCUCUCUCCUCUUUAUUACAAAACUAUAUGAAUUAAGGCUGUGCAGUUUGAAGAGGUAGAACCCAAAGUGUCCUCACGUCUCUGUCCCAACUGUAAUCUGAAGCCCUUAAGUAUGGUUUGUCUCACUACUCAUUGUGUAUAGGAGAUGAAAACAUUUGUUAUCCAGAUAAAAAGCCUUAUGAAUUUAUCCUGCAUAUUUAUUCUGUAUAGACAUAUUGAGGAGAAAUGUGCUUACACUAUAAUUAUUCUUUGGGCCGUUUCACACAGGUUGUCCAACAUGUUGUUGUUGUUAUUUUUCCAUGUUAUUUAUUUGUGUAUUGAACUAUUAUCCAGUUGAUGACCAAUAGUGUUUUACUGAGUGACUUUGUAGCUGUUUUUGUCUCUGAUCAAUCUUCACUUGGGUUUGAGUUUUGCUUGUCAGAGUUACACAUAUGACACCAUGACCAUAUGAGUUCAUGGUGUUUUUGUUUUUUCUAAUUUAUUUUUUUUAAAUCACUGUUAGGACUAUUCAAAGGAUGGAUGGGAAUACUCAAGUCAGUGUAAAAAACAACAACUUAAUAUCGAGGUGUGAAAGAACUGUUCUUAGUAAAAGCGUCACUCUUUUGUUCGAUUGGUUUCAAAAUAUUUGUUUACUUUAGCUUCAAGAUGGCAACAAAUACUAGACUAGACCAAAAAACUAAAAACUACAAAAUGACAGUGAUUAAUACAGUAAACUAAUUUGAAAUGUCAGCUAUUUCCUGGGUGAGCUUGGGUCUCAUUCGACUUGUCUGCUGUUUCCAGGACUGCUCUGGAACUGGUACAGAAGCUAGUUGAGCUAAUGAAGACAACAGGACUAGCUGAGCUACUUCAGUUUGACAGACUGCAGUGUAAUACUUGUCUUUAUAUUUCAGAGAAUGGACACACUGUAGGGUUAGGUCAGUAUACUGCAGCCUGAUUCACAGAAUACUGAAUAUAGGAAUCUUAUUGUGACCUACUAUACAUGAAUGCUAAGUUGGCUGAAAAAUGAGGCCAACAUAUUUAGUUUGGCCAUAUAUUCUGUGUGAGGCCCAGACUUGAAUCUAUAAACUACACAAGGCCACAGCCAAAUAUUUAAAAGCAGUAAAGAUUUUAAAAUGUUAAAAAUGUACUUCCUUGUUACUUGAGUUAGGGGACCAUUCAUUACAUGGUGUUUUCAUGAGAGAAUACUAUGUAUACCAAAAUGGUAGACCAUAUGAUGUAGUAUUUUAGUCACACAGUAGCAAAUUCAACGAUAAGCUUAGAACAUCUCCCCGAUGCGGUGACUGGAUAUACAGUAAUCGUAUUUAUGAUGGCCAUAGUUUGUUGUCCCAGAAUUACAACAGUGACUUCAGAGAACCAACGGAAUUAGAACUGACACAACUGACUGUCAGUCUGAGCGAAUCAAAUACAACUUUUGUUUUGGCACAAUGUAUACAAGGUGUUACAUGAGGGUCUUUAAGACUAGUCUUUACAGUGACUUCAACGACUUGCUUGGUUGUUCUGCUGUUAAUACUGUCUAAAAUAUAAAACAGAAAGCUGGGACUGUUAUGAAGAAAUGUGAACUUUAAAAUGUCUGUCAAAAAUCUUGAUGUUCAUGCUUUCUGUACAGGUGUGUUGUAUUUGGGUUUUUUUUACAUUUGUCUUUUUAGCAAUGACUGUCCUUUCUUUGAAGUUAAAAUAGUCAUGGUUUAUGUGAAUAUGUAAGAAAGAAAAUUCACUUCCAACAUAUUUAAAAACUGUUUUUCUGUGUUACUUUAAGUGUGAAAAGGCCUUGAUUGUGUCAGCCUUGAAUAAUAAAUACCGGUGUGUAGCAAUUUA